UAUGGCGGAGAUGGAUGACGGCGAUGAUACAGGUUUGGUUCACACACAUAGUGGCUCAUCUGGAUCAAAAUCUGGAGGAGACAAGAUGUUCUCUCUAAAGAAAUGGAAUGCUGUAGCCAUGUGGAGUUGGGAUGUCGAAUGUGAUACAUGCGCCAUUUGUAGAGUACAAGUAAUGGAUGCCUGUUUGAGAUGCCAGGCAGAAAAUAAACAAGAAGACUGUGUUGUGGUAUGGGGAGAGUGCAACCACUCCUUUCAUAACUGCUGCAUGUCACUGUGGGUGAAGCAGAACAACCGAUGCCCCUUGUGCCAGCAGGACUGGGUAGUACAGAGGAUUGGCAAAUGAGGAUAUCAUCCUCCCACACCCCACUCCCCACUCCACACUCUCCGUUUGCCAUGGCACAGUUUGAGUCUGGGAGAUGGGACUCAGUUUCACAGUACUUUUCUAGUCACUCAAUGUAAAACCAGUGUGCAUGACUAUGACCUGCAGAAUAAAUCCAUGGCUUCUAAAGUUCACGGACUUUAAUGGGCCUUCUUUGGUGAGACCAGCUAUGAAACCAUGUCUGUCAACCAUACAGCACUGACGGAAGCUGGACUAAAGAACUCAGAAGAAACAGCAAUUCUCACUGGACUUAUUUAGCAUAAUGUGGUGUUCUUACUCUCUUUGGGCUGUGAAUGUGUGUUGACACACGAUAGAAUUAAAAGGUGGUUUUGACCAAGUAA